UUCUACACUACCAUCUUAAGACAUGGCUGAAGAAAGACAAGGCAGAAGAUAUCCACAAAACCUCCAAGGAGUGCUGCAACUGGCCGUGGAAGCUGGUUCUGCGGCGGAGGGACAGGAACCAACCGCAUUGGACCCCAUGUCAGAGGAGAGGAAAGCAUGGCUGAGGGAAGCGUUGUCUGACAUCUGCAAAGGCCAAAUGGACGAAGUGGAGCAGAUGAAACAAUGCUUGGAACUUUUACGCACAGAAGAACCAAACAAUCAGGAGAGAGAAGAUGAGAAGGAGGAAGAUGACCGGGAAACUGUAUUUGAAACACUGACGGAGCUGUGUGACAAUCUUGACAACGCAAGAGACUUGAUGACCCUGGGUGGGCUGGAGUUGUGCGUCUCUCGGUAUCUGAACCAUGAGCAGGGAGGGCUGAGGUGGAGAGCGGCUGAACUUGUUGCCUCCUGUGCACAGAACAUGCCCCAGGUGCAGCUCUACCUCCUGGAUAUUGGAACACUGCCCAAACUGUUAGAAAUGACCGACUCCGACCCACACCCCACUGUCCGUGUCAAAGCACUCUAUGCCGUCUCAUGUUUAGUUCGAGAGCAGGAGGCAGGACUGAAGGCGUUUUUGUCCCUGGACGGCUUCUCUGUGCUGAUGAGAGGCAUGCAGUCGGAAAAUAAGAAACUUCGUAUCAAAUCGGCAUUCCUCCUGCUUAACUUGCUCACAUCACACCCAGAGCACAGAGCAACAGUUGUCUCUAUGGGAAUGGUCCAACAGCUGGUAUCUGUCCUGCGAAUGCCACAUUCACAUUUCCAUGAACACGUGCUUGGUGCUCUUUGCUGUCUGGUAGAGGACUGUCCACCAGGGCUCAGAGAGUGCAGGGACUCUGCUUUGGGCCUGGACGAGUUACUAAAACACAGAUCCACAGAGCUGCAGGGGAAAGAGGAGUGUGAGGAGGAGCUGGCCUUCUGUGAGCGUUUAAGGACCAUGUGUUUCACUGGACAUCAGUCUGAAGACAACGGAAUGGACCGCUAAUCACAAACUAAAUAUAUACACUUUUAAACUUGUAAAUACCUCAAAUGUAAAAAGAUUGUUUUGUUUUUCACAUACUUUCAAGUGGAAAUAUACAAUUUUAGUCAGUGUUUAUUUUUCAGUCCAUUUAAACCAUUUGUUGAAAUAAUGCAGCAUCUUUCAUGUUGUAAAUAUUUAUUUAUUGGUAAGUUUUUACCUUAUAAACGGAUAAAUAAUUACACAGAAUCCUCUUCAGUGUUGUUGAAGAUUAAAAUAUUUUGAC